GUGUCUAAAACAGGAAGUUGCUCGCUGUCAAAAUAAAAGAGGGGCUGAAUGACAACAUUGGAUUCUUGUAGCUUGGUUUAAUUUCAUUUUAAAGGUUAGUAAGUUAAAUUCAAAUUAGCACACGUUUAGUCUUUGUGCAGGCAACAUUAGUUAUCUGUUUUGCCCGUCAAUAAAACAAAAUGAUGCUAGUGUAUAACAAUACAUGCAAGCAUGAAUAUUGAGAAAAUGAGAUCCACAAAAUGAUAUUGCUUUUCAUAAUACCAAACCACCAAGUGAUGCGUCUGUCUGUUGACAAUGCUUGAUCAUAUUUUUUCGGCUUGGAUGUGGUUUGGAUCCAACCGGCCUGGAUUUUGUAGUGGUACUGUUUUAAUAUUCAUAUUAAUUGUGUCGACUUGGCUGUGUGGGAUUCAUGCAAGCCUAAGUUUAGGACCAGGCGGCGAAUUUCCUGGAUUUUAUGAUUUCGUAUUAUAUGCCUAUAGCCACGAGGAGUUGACCUCUUUUCUCUACAACAUCACUUUACUGCUGUGGCUCGGACCAUGUCAAGAACGAAGAUGGGGCACUUUUGUCUUCCUCACCCUGUCUUUCAUCUCCACUGUGCUCCUUCCUCCCAUUUAUGCCCUUUUUCUUUUUGUCACCGGGGAUGAAGCCAGCAGGGUCUGUGGAUACUCUGCCUCUCACCUUGCUCUCUUUGCAGCCCAGUGUAGGCAGGUGAAGCAGAGGAGAAUUUUGCGAUGUGUUCCUGUCUGGUUUUUGCCUUGGUUCUUUUUACUUCUCAACAUUUUUCUUCUUCCCAGUGCUCCAGGUCUGCUGCACUUUUAUGCCAUUUGCCUGGGUCUCAACUACAACAAUGAGUUUAUUGAAUUAUUGGAACACAUAGAGAGACUAGGCAUAUGUGGCUGCAUGCCAAAAUGGGCAUACAUUUCUGUUACUUCUUAUCCACACCUGCCAACCUACAUCAUCCCCACGAAAAGACCAGAGCCACGUGAUAACUCAUCUCAGAUGGGAGACGUGCCAUCAACCAGUAAAUCCCAGUUGGAAGAUCAUUCGCUCCCAUGGCAACAUACUGUUCCUGAGUGGCAUCAGGAGUCUUUAGUAACAGAUUCCCAGAUGUUAGAGGAGCAGAUGCUAAGAGCGGGGAUAUUAGCAUCAUUACAGGAUGCGCCCGAGGGUACAGCAGAUAAAGUGGAAGUACCCAAGUCAUCAGUAUCUUCAUUACGGCUACAACAGCUGGAGAAAAUGGGCUUCCCCACAGAGAAAGCUGUCGUGGCGCUUGCUGCUACAGGGCAGCUGGAUGGAGCAAUUUCCCUGCUUAUUGACGAUCAGAUUGGGGAGGAGGCUGUAGUCAUCUCUAAAGGGAAGAAGUCAUCCUUAUAAUCAUAGCUUAGGGAUACCCAGACCAUUUAGAAAAACUGAUUGAUUGAAAAUUCUUUCAUUAUGUUUUUAUCCUCAUGUUGCUCCAAACCCAUAAGACUUUUGGAUGUGAAGCACAAAUGGAUGGAAGUUGGUGAGAUGGAAGUAUAUUCACAUUACUCUUUCUUCCAUAAAAUACGAGUGAAUGAGGUCCAGGGGCUGGCACCUCUAAAAAAUUAAACAAGGUACUACAAAACCAUCAAAAGUAGUUAAUGUAACUUGCUUCAUUACAGUUUUUCUUGAACUGUAUAAUAGCUGAAAUUGAAUGAGUAACUUAGACAUUGUGUUUCACCAAAUAAAGUCCUCUCUUUAGUUGAUACACAAGACGUGAGGGUAUAUAAAUUAUGACAUUUUCAAAUAUUUCUGUAAUGCAUAACAGAUUUUUAUGGCCGAUUGAUAAGCAGAGAUACAGUUAUGCAUUUGCUACUCCAUGAUUUUUGGGUGACCUGAACAGCUGAAAUCUGGUGCAUAGUGGGUGGUGUGAAAGAUUUUUAUGUUGAGGUGUUGGCAACUUUUACGUGAAGUUUAAUUUGAAGUUUAAUAUUAAAACGUGUUCGGAGCGGCAACUGCAACUCCAAAAGCAUGUCAGUAUGUCCAUCCUGUUUUGUUAUAAUUUCUAUGAAAACAAAAUAAGCUUUAUUAAAUUCCAUCUAAGGUGAUAUUAAAUGUGUCCUGCGUUUGUUACACCACAGACAAAUUAACCACCCAGCCAUAUUUGAAGGAUAAAAAAAAAUGGUCAAAAUCUGUGAAAAAUAAGCAGAAUUCUCUGCUCUACAACACUAGGGUCGUGUCCGUGUCGGCAUUAAAAACCACGCCCCACCUUCUCAAAACUUUCCAAUAUGGUUCUGGCUAGAGGGGAUACAGCUAUGACGAAAGGUAUAAGGAUUAGAAUGAAAAUCAGCGGGUUUGCCUAGAUAGGAUACAGCUACUACAGCCUAAAUCAUGUGAAGAAAUGGGUUUAGGUUUGGGGGAGGAUUAAGGCCACAUUUACACAUAUCUGGGUAUUUAGAGAAACAAAUAUUUCCCCACCUACGUUUUCAAUAAUAACAUCGUGCACACAGCAUCGUUUUCAAAAAACUUGUCAUUUACAUCAAAACGCAUAAAUUCACUCUGUCGAGCGCCAUAAUAACUAUGCCAAACCUAUAGGCGGCAGUGUAAGGACAGGGAUUAAAGCCAGGCAAGUCAACUAAAAUCGUCAGAAUCGACACCAACAAAUAACAAGAGCGACUUCCACUUCCUUUCAAAACCGCAAACAUAGGGCGCUCACAUGACGUUAAGCAUUUUCUUGCGCAUAAUGUUAUGUUUUAGAACCUAAAACCCCCUUUCUCCCUGUUGACACGGCAACACAUAAAUCUUAUCAGAGCUAAUCAGUACCCUCAGGUUAUCAGAAAUCUCCACUGUGGCUGGAGGUUUUAGAAAUAAUCGUUAUCUGCGUCUUUCCUUCGUGUAAAUGGGGCAUAAGAUGAAAGCAAUGAUCAUCCGGCGAGAUUUUGCCCUAGCUUUAUCCCUUCUAGCCACGCUACAACCUGAAUGUGUGUUCCCAAUUGUGUUGGGGCGGGCCAUGCGAGGUGGCUCAAGUGCAUCGUAGAUCCACUGUUUAACCCCGCCCAACUAACCCUGAACACAGAAAUGUGGAUAAACUCGUUUAACCACAAUUCAGUACUACAUUUUUCGCAUUCUCUUUUUCUCAUUACGUACUGCGCAAAGUCUUAGGCCACCAUGCCAGAAUUAGAUUUGUUUUUUCAAUGUUAUAGUGAUCAUAUAUAAUU